AUCUACCUACGUGCACUACGACGACUACACACCCACCCCCUCGACGACGAUUCCCCCCACGCGCGCGAUUCCUCCCACCCACGCGAUUCCUCCCACCCAAGAAAUACGCCACGCAGUCUCGCCCUCCCCCGACCACCCUAUCAACCCCCCUUCUCGGCCUAG